AUGAAGGCAUCAAGUAGCACGCUGCUGGUUUCCAGCCUGCUCCUCGCUGCAGCGAGCAGCACCCUCGCCGCUCCGGUAUCGCCAAGUGACCGAGCCACGCCGCCGUCGCCGCAUUCGCACUUCCUUCGGCGUCGGGCGCCGAUCCGAUCGGACCCGGCCAAGCUGGUCGAGUGGUCCAAGUCGCAUCGGGACCGCCUGCAACGCAAGUACGGCCUGUCCGGACGGCGUGCGGCCAAGUCGCGGCGGGAGGCCACGUCCGAGCCGCUGACCAACCUCGAGUAUGACAGCACCUGGCUCGCCGACAUCGACGUGGGCACGCCCGCCAAGACGUACGCCGUGGUGCUGGACACGGGCAGCGCCGACUUUUGGCUCGACAAGGGCUCAUUCGACCCGGCGGCCAGCUCGAGCUUCACCAACAGCACCACGGCUUUUGACCUCACCUACGGUAGCGGCGACGUGGCCGGCUACCUCGGCAAGGACACCGUUACCCUGGCCGGGGCCACGGGCAACAAUGUCGUCCUCGCCGUCGCCGACGACGUUUCCUCGGACCUGGCCGACUCCAACAUCAAUGGCAUCAUGGGCAUGGGCUUCCGUGCCCUCUCGAGCGCCGAUGCCGACCCCUUUUGGCGGCAGAUGAACUUCGAUACGUUUUCCUUCUACCUGGAGCGACGAACGGCCAACAGCAAGAGCGCAAAGGGCGACAAGGCCGACGGCGGCGUCUUUACGCUUGGCGGCACCAACAGCACGUUGUACCAGGGCGACAUUGACUACGUGCCCCUGAUCGAGCAGCAGUACUGGAUGCUGAAGCUCGAGGGGCUCUCGACGUCGGGCGAGAGCGUGGCGCUCGGGACGACGACUCGGGCUGCGAUCGACACGGGGACGACGUUGAUCGGCGGGCCGGACGACGUGGUGCGCGAGCUGUACGCCCAGGUGCCAGGCUCGUCGGAGCUGGCCGAGAGUCCCGGGUACUACUCGUACCCGUGCUCGACGCCGAUCAACGCGACGAUCUCGUUCGGGCAGCGCCAGUACUCGAUCCCGGACGCCGACUUUUCGGCGGGCUCGCUGAGCUCGUCGGGCGACGUGUGCAUGGGCGCCGUGUUUGGCGCCGGCUCGACGGCCAAGGACAACCUGCAGUGGAUUGUGGGAGACGCCUUUCUCAAAAACGUCUACACCGUCUUUACCACGGCCGACGGCCAGGCGCGCGUCGGCUUUGCGGCGCUGGCGCCCGGUCUGGAGAGCACGCCCGAGUCGGACAUGGUCGUUAUCACCUCGGCGCCGACCACGUCUUCGUCGUCUUCCUCUUCGUCGUCGAACAGUGGCGUCAAGCACGUCCUGCCGUGGGCCCGCUCGAGCGUCGCCAUGGCGUGGAUCGCGGUGUGGGUGGCCAUGGCGAUGUCCAUGUAG